AUGUUCGCCCAACCAUUUGAUCAUUCCUUCAAUGACUUAUUCAACCAAUACGUCAACAUGGAGACCUCUGGAGCCGAUGGCAACAAAGACUCGACGUUGUCCAGUGACUUGGACCCGAUUUUCCCCCUAGACUCCCUGUCGAGUGAAUGUGGCGAUCUUUCUCCCCCCAUCUCCACUUCGAAACGCCAUCGUCAGUCACCGCAACCCUGGAGCCAAGAUUGGUCUCUGCAGGGUGACGGAUCUGCCGAUCACGGCUUUGCCGUCCAUGACACUGUUCAUCCCUCCGCCAUCUCAGAUCUCAACUUUGAAUCCUCUUCUCGCCCGGCCCCCUCCAACAGGGUCUCUUCUACUUCCCCGUCUACUCCCCCAGCUACCCCUAGACGGCAAGCUACCAAAAGUGCUCUCCUCACGCCCAAAUCCAUCCGUCAUCGCGACCCGACUGAUCGCCGCGCUCCUCUGCGCAAGCAAAGCUUCUCCCCAAGCUUGAUGCGCUCGGCCAACCUCCAGAAAGGGAGAAUGGCAUAUCCUGAGGCUUGGGCCCAGCGCAUUCAGAACUUCAACCUCCACAACUCGGACGACCGCCUACCGCUAUCUCCCCCGCCCUCGGAUGUUCUCGUGCAGCAAGAGAACAUGCCCGCCGAUCACACUGCCUUGAACCAACCACGAGAUUCCGCCGAAAUGCCUCCUCAGUAUGAUGCGAGGCUCUUCCACCAGUCACAAGCCGUCUCGAUGCCAUCACCUUCCGCUCGAGCACUCGCACGGCAACAAUACCUUCAGAGCCAGACCAACUCCUCAACCUUGACCAACUCCAGCUCGCCUUCCACAGAUGACAUCUUCUCUUCAUCACAUUCCUCCGAUCCUCAGUCCCUGUCCUCGUGGCAUUCGGACGCCCUUGGCACACCGUCACUCACAUUCACCCCGGAUCUCCAGAGCCACGACGCACAGGCAUGGUGGUCGCCAAUGUCUUCCGGGGUCGCGCAGCCACAGUUUGCAUCCUCGGCUCCUCAACGCCCCAUGGGAAGCGUCGGGAACCAAAAUGACAUGAUGCAAGGAGGCCUGAUGAUCCAGUUCGACCCGUCCUUCGAUAUGCCCUCCGCCGCGGACUCUUCAUUCUCAUCCAACAACCUGCAUUCCAUCUCCAACAAUCAGGAGAGUCAGUACAACGUCUCUACAAACCACAGCUUCGUGACCCCCUUUACCACCGAAGUCCACACAUCACGCUCUCCAUCUCUCUCCCCCAAGGCUGGCUCCUCCCCGAAAGACACCCGGAUGAAAGCCAACCACCGCCGCAACCACAGCCGCAAGCUCUCCACCCAGGGCAUGAGUGGCCCCAAGCCCGCCAAAUCCUCGGGAAGCCCCCGGGGCGCGAACAAGGCUGUUAGUGUCUCGUUCGUGAACUUUACCUCCCAUGACAGCAAGAAGAUCUUGACUGGUGUGGCACCCUCAGGCAGCUCCAAGACCAAAGCCCGACGGGAACAGGAGGCCCGUGAUCGCCGCCGUAAGCUCAGCGAGGCCGCGCUAAAGGCCGUGCGCAAUGCUGGCGGCGACGUCGAGGCUCUAGAGGCUGUAUUCUGUUAA